CCCCCCCACUCUCCGUCCGGCCCGGCCGCGUCCCGCCCCGUUCGGCGGUGAGUGGCGGCGGCGGCGGGGGCGGAGGGGACCCUGCGAGGCCUGAGGGGUGAGGCAGCCCUGCCCUCCCCCGGUGGGACGGGCCAGCCGCCCAUCGGGCUUUCCAUGGGUUUGUUCUGUCACCCGUUUGGGGACAAAGUUUGGGAAUAAAGGUAGGAUUUCCCCGCUUGAUCCCGGAAGGGAAGGAGAGCUGCGAGGGAAAAUGCGACCGCUUGCUCCGAGGAGUCCCGUUCCCUGCUUGCAGCACUUCCAGCUCAGCUCCUUCUUGUGAUGAUCUAGAGAGACGAGGCAGGGGCUCCCAACAGGCUGCUGGAUGAGCUGCGGGGCUGCAGCCGUAAGGAGGGAGUCUCCUUGCCUCUCCGCAAACUGCGGCUCAAACCACAGACGUCUGAUUCUUCAGGUCCUGAAGGAUGCCGAAUAACUUAGUGCUUCGUGUUCCGGUCCCCAUCUGAGCACUGCUGUCUCCCGGAGAAACAGCCUGAGGAACCGAGCUGGUGUCUGUCACGGGUAAAGCAAGCCCUGCAGAUACUUGCUAGAGGGACCACCUCCAUUUUGCAUCUUGCUGAGUGGACUAUGGUGGCAGGAAGAUGUUGGCUCGCAAGAGUAUCAUCCCUGAAGAGUAUGUGCUGGCGCGGAUUGCUGCCGAGAACCUGCGCAAGCCGCGCAUCCGUGAUCGCCCGCGCAAAGCUCGCUUCAUUGCCAAGAAUGGCGCCUGCAACCUGGCCCACAAGAACAUCCGUGAGCAGGGGCGAUUCCUACAGGACAUCUUCACCACCCUGGUGGACCUGAAGUGGCGUCACACACUGGUCAUCUUUACCAUGUCCUUCCUGUGCAGCUGGCUGCUCUUUGCCAUGAUGUGGUGGCUGGUGGCCUUUGCCCAUGGCGACAUGGACCCAAGCAUGGAAAACCCUUCAAACAGCACGAAGUGGACACCGUGCGUGACAUGUGUCAGGUCUUUCACCUCCGCUUUCCUCUUCUCCAUCGAAGUCCAGGUGACCAUUGGCUUUGGGGGGAGGAUGAUGACCGAGGAGUGCCCCCUGGCCAUCACAGUCCUGAUCCUGCAGAACAUUGUGGGGCUGAUCAUCAAUGCUGUCAUGCUGGGUUGCAUAUUCAUGAAGACGGCACAGGCUCACCGGCGGGCUGAGACACUGAUCUUCAGCCGGCAGGCAGUCAUUGCCGUUCGCAAUGGCAAGCUCUGCUUCAUGUUCCGGGUCGGGGACCUGAGGAAGAGCAUGAUCAUCAGUGCCUCAGUCAGAAUCCAGGUCGUGAAGAAAACCAUGACCCCUGAAGGAGAAAUCAUACCCAUUCACCAGGUGGAUAUCCCUGUGGAUAACCCCAUUGAAAGCAACAACAUUUUCCUGGUGGCUCCCUUGAUCAUUUGUCAUGUCAUUGACAAGCGGAGUCCUCUUUAUGAUAUCUCUGCUUCUGACCUGGCGCUCCAGGACCUGGAGCUCAUAGUGAUACUGGAGGGGGUUGUAGAAACCACAGGCAUCACGACACAGGCGAGAACCUCCUACGUGGCAGAGGAGAUCCUGUGGGGUCACCGCUUUGUGCCCAUUGUCACUGAGGAGGAAGGCGUGUACGCUGUCGACUACUCCAAGUUCGGCAACACCGUCAAAGUGGCUGCACCACGCUGCAGUGCCCGAGAGCUCGAUGAGAAGCCCUCCAUCCUCAUCCAGACCCUGCAGAAGAGUGAGCUGUCCCACCAAAACUCCCUGAGGAAGCGCAACUCCAUGAGAAGAAACAACUCAAUUCGGAGGAGCAACUCCAUGCGGAGAACCAACUCCUCGCUCAUUGUGCCCAAAGUGCAGUUUAUCACACCUGAGGGGAGCCAGAGUGCCUCAGAAACGUGAUGCACAGCUUUGUGCUAGGGCACUGGGCUUCGGAAGGAGGCACCUGUGGUAUUUUGCUUCAAUUUCCUGUUACUUAAGAAAAACAAGAACACAAUGCAGAAGAGAACCGUGCAAGAACUAUUUAUUCCAUUACUUACUGAAAGCACCACCUAAUGGCAUUACAAAACACCUUAGCACUUAGUGUAUGAAUUAAUAAUAAAUGGCAUGUACAUUAAAGAAAACACACUUCACUCAUGCAA